AUGGGAAACUCAAUGUCAUGGUUCUCCAACCUACUGUUUGCGAAAAAGGAGAUCAGAAUAUUGAUCCUCGGCCUGGAUAACGCCGGAAAGACAACAUUGCUGUACCGACUCAAGGUUGGCGAAGUUGUCACAACGAUACCUACAAUUGGCUUCAAUGUCGAAUCUGUCACAUACAAGAACCUAAACUUUAACGUCUGGGAUCUCGGCGGCCAAACAAGCAUCCGACCUUACUGGCGGUGCUACUACGCCAACACAGCAGCCGUCAUCUUCGUUGUGGACUCGACCGAUAUCGAGCGAUUACACACCGCUUCAGAGGAGCUCUCGGCUAUGCUGAACGAGGAGGAACUGAAGGAUGCGGCCCUGCUGGUCUUUGCCAACAAGCAGGAUCAACCAGGAGCCAAGGGCGCAGGUGAGAUUUCAGAGGCACUGCGUCUGGGUGAGCUCCGCGACCGCAACUGGAGUAUCAUGGCCUGCUCAGCGGUCGAUGGCAGCGGUGUGAAUGAGGGCAUGGAUUGGCUUGUGCAAACUGUCAACCAGGACUAA